CUCAUCCUCUAUCAUCUGUACCGUCGAUUGCUUGCACAUUAACAAUUGACAACCGUAGGAUCUCUAAAUAUCCCCGAAAUCUAAAAACCGACUCCGAUUCUGGGUUUUGCUCCGUCUAUAUAAAAGAUGGUCGCCUUUAUUUCUCUAAUCGCUACCCGAAUCUCCCGCUUAUCGCUUCUCCAUCCUCUCUUCAUAUAAGAGUCGGACGAUGGUUUUCCCGUUAGGGUUUGGCUUCACUUAUCUCGAUUCGGGUGACGUCGUUGAUCCUCCGACGCGAUUCUCGAUCAAUCGAGUAAGAGAAAAGAGAGAUGUAGAAAAAGAAAAUAGUGAGGGGAUGUAUGUGACCUUUGCCAUGACAGGUGCGCUUGCUUGGCAGGUCGACCCU